GGAAACUUCCGGGUUCCGCGUCUGACAUUUUAGUGACGUACGUGUUGCGUAAAAGACUUUAAAGCAUUGGCAUUGUAUACUGUAAAUUUUGAUUGCGUAGAAAUGUAUCUACAUUUCCAUGUUAACAUUUGUAGAUUAACCUUCCUGAUAAAAAAAUAAUAAUAAUUAAGUUCGUGUGUAAAUGUUUAUUUCUAUACAGGCGCUGCGAGUAGAACCAAAAUGGGUCCUUCGUUUCGAGCGUGUUUUCUGAAAGCUCUUUGCUGCGAAAUGAGUAACGGUGAAUACAAGCUUGUAUCUCUGAGUAAAGUUCUGGUAAAUGUAUGUGUUUAUGUCAUGUUUAUAUUUAUCAAAAGGAAAAUCGGAAUUUAAUGAAGCUCAAGAUGAGCUUAGAGGCAUGUCCGUUUUGUGGGAAGCCAUUCAAAAGGCUCAAAUCUCAUCUUCCUCACUGCAAAAUGUCCCCUGGGUCCAAGACUGCCAAAAUCCCUAAAGAAAUAUCGAUUACUACUUUUAAACACACAAGUAAUAAGGAUAAGACAAAUAAAGUAAACACUGACACUAAACUAAAUUACCCAACAUUUCAGGCAGAUUCAAAAUCCCAGAUGAAACCCAAAUCCAAAAAAGUUGAAACAGUGAGUGUGGGUAAGGAAUGCUUACAAAACACCUCCUUCACACUCAGAAGCAUUGCAUCCGAAGUCCAAUCACCAGAAGGAAUGAACACAGAAACUUUGAAGCCCAAAACCAAGUGGCAUGCAAAAAGAGAGCAAGAGAUGUUGAAACGAGCUAAACUGCAAACACAGACAAAAAUCAAAUUCACUUCAGUUUCUCAGCAGGAACAGCAUAAUAGUGAAACGUACAAAAACCCAGUAAAAGACAUACCUUUAUUAGAAAAAGAAAUAGCCAGUGGGCAAAAAAAGCUUAUGGGAACCAGUUUGACCUCUCAACUAACCACCAACAGCACUGCCUUAAAUCUUUUACAAAGUGUUCCAUGGACCACAUGCUACCAGGAUAAGCAAACUAUGACAAAGUGCAAUGCAAAUACUAAUGUAUCAGUGCAGAUACAAAAUGGCCCAAAGCUGUUGACCAAAGAAUAUAUAUUGGAUUCAAGAAUAAAAGAGCAAGGUGUGUCUGUAUUUCAUACUAAGACUUGUGUGUGGGACCACAUUAAACAUGGACUUUAUAAAAGGAGAUAUGACUGUGUUCCAGUGUUAUUUCCCAUAGUUUCAGCACACAAAGUGUCUUUUACUAAGUGUGUAAACAAUUCAGAGUCUGUACUCAAGCCUCAUACAGGGAAUGAUCAAAAUGUUACUAUGAAGAUGUCCCCUGUACAGUUUCCGAUUUCCCAAACCUCAGUCCAAAGGCCAUUUGAAGACGUACUAACCUCACGAUUACAAAACAUGUCCGUUAUGGCAUACUCACCUGAUAUGGCAACAGGUUACGGCGGAACAUUCGUCUUCUCAUCUCAUUCAGAAAUCUCCUCUAAUGAGAGUUUAUUGAUGAAGUGCCAAACCUCCAAGCCUUCACCACAAACUCAAGGUUUAAUGACAGAGCAGAGACUUGGAGAUGUGAGACUUAAUGAGCUGGUUUCUUGGCUUGGUGCACGAACACCAAAAUCACCCAGAGAGGCUGUGACAAUGUUUAACAAAGGUUGGCAGUGGUAUUACAGAAAGUACCUUGAUGUACAGAAAGGAGGAAUUGGUGGGAUUGCCAUUUUGAUUGGUGGCUACUGUGUCCUGAGUUACAUUUGGAGUUACCCCUACAUCAAGAAACACCGCUGGAGGAAGUACCACUAGAGUAUUUGGAGGACAUUUCUGAACCAUGCUGACUUCCCACUACCACUAGAGUAUUUGGAGGACCUCAUAGGUUUUUGAACCAUACUGAACUCAGAGUAUUGCAAUGUGUGAACUGGAUAUUUAUAAAGUAAUUUAUUUAGAAUUUUGUAAUGCAUAAUGAAUUUGUUACAAACUUUGACAUACACAAACAAGUGUGAAUACUAAUAAAUGCUGACUGCAUAUCAAAAUAUAUUACUUAAACACUCCAUAUUGACUUGCUUCCAAAUCACUGCAUUUAGUUAAUAAAGUUAACAUAAAUAAAAUAUUUGUGACUAAACCACAUGUAACACAAUCUUAGCUUUAAUGAUGAAAUAUGUGUAAACUGUGAAAUAAACUGUGAAAUUAACAUCCAUGGGGAGGAGGGUGGUGUUAGGAAUAUCCCAAAUUUAAUUCCUCUUAUAUUCAUUUUUGAAAUGCAUGUAGAAUGUAGUGCAUUGACUAACAUUACAUUUGCUUUGGUUUUAAAGGCCAUGACAGAUGUAAUUUAGUUAAAGAACUAACUUUUUAAUUUCAACACAACCGACACAUUUUUCCGCUUAUUUCAUAAACACAAAUGAUCAGUAUUUAUAAAUGAUAGAUACUUAAACUAAAAUGUAGUUUUGGUAACAAAAGAAUCAUGUACCACAUGAGUUAACUGUUGUAUUCAAAGUGAAUUUAAUAUUGAUUGAUCUUUGCUGUUGUAGUGAGCACAAAUGAAACAAUAAAUCAAUAUCUGACCAUA